AUGGACAAUACGCAUCACUUCGGUAGCGGUUUUGCAGUUCAUAGGAUAUUUGAACCGUGCAUUAAAGAAUUUAAUCCAGUAUCCGAACGGAUAUCGACAUUAACCAUCAACACUAGCCCAAUUAAUAUUUGUUUAAUAAAUGGUCAUGCACCAACAGAAGUAAAAGAUGACAAUGCGAAAGACAUCUUCUACGACGAACUGACUAAAACAUAUGAGAGUAUCACUGGGAACGUGAUAAAGAUUGUAUUAGGUGACUUCAAUGCAAAAUGUGGACGGGAACCACAGUACUUCCCUUGUAUAGGGAGAAAUGACUAAAGAAGUUUUCAUCCGGGAACGUAAAAUCUGCAAAGACACCCUUCAAAGGGAAAAAAGAAAAUUCUUUAGUAAGAUACUUCAAAUCGCAGAGAAGGACCAUACACAAGGGAGAACUAGAAGUUUUUUUAGAGUCGUUAAACAGUAUAAGCAAUUCAACCCUAUAUGGAUUGCAAUCAGAGACCAAGACGGACAAAUGUUAAUGGAGCCAGAGUCAAGAGCUGAGAGGUGAAAAGGAUAUUUUGAAGNGGAAAGUUUGCAUAGUAACAGCAACGACAAUGGUCAACGAUUGAUAGCGUUUGCAAUAUCAAAUGGGUUGACUGUUAGUAGUACCACGUUCCCACAUAAAAAUAUUCAUAAAGUCACGUGGAGAUCACCGGAUGCCAAAACCCUGAACCAAAUAGAUCACGUCCUCAUACAAACUAGAUAUCGUAGUACCAUUCACGACGUAAGAAGUCAUAGAGGCGCCGAUUGUGACACGGAUCACUACUUGGUGAUCGCCAAACUUAGAUCAAAGCUAAAAAGCCAAUCGAGAUUAAAACAAGGCAAAAGAGCUAAAUUGAACCUAGAGUUACUUAAAGAUGAAAACGUCAGAAAAAACUAUGAAAACGAAGUCAUGAAGAAUCUUAAAGAGAAUAAUGUACAAAUGGACGUAGACCUGGAUUGGGAAAAAGUGAGUAAUGCUGUCAAAAAAGCAGCGGCCACUAGCAUUGGUGAGCUAAAGAGGUCAAAAAAUACAUUGUAUAAUGAUGUAUGUAGAAUUGCUGUAGACAAACGCCGUAAAGCGAGAGAUGACUUUAUUAAGCACAACUCUCAAAUAACUAAAGAAGUUUUCAUCCGAGAACGUAAAAUCUACAAAGACACCCUUCAAAGGGAAAAAAAUAACAUUUUUAGCAACAUGCUUCAAAUCGCAGAGAAGGACCAUACACAAGGGAGAACUAUAAGUUUUUUUAGAGUCGUUAAACAGUAUAAGCAAUUCAACCCUACAUGGAUUGCAAUCAGAGACCAAGACGGACAAAUGUUAAUGGAGCCAGAGUCAAGAGCUGAGAGAUGGAAAGGAUAUUUUGAAGAACUACUAAAUGGUAGGAUGUCAGUCCAGCCCGUAUCACAUACCGAAAAUGAAAGAGCGGAGCCUUACGUAGAAGAUAUUAGUCUAAAAGAAGUAACAAUUGCAAUAAGUGGCCUAAAGAAUUGGAAAGCACCUGGUAUCGAUGAUUUUCCAACAGAACUCAUAAAAUAUGGAGGUAAGGAGUUACAUGUAGUAAUCCACAGACUGUGCCAGCUAAUAUGGAUGAAAGAACGGCUACCGGAUAGCUGGAAUUUAAACAUACACUCCUGCGUUCCGUAA